AUGAAACUCACCCAGGUUGAUGAUUCUCAGGUGUGUAUUGCCCAGUACCAAAGUAAGGGUUGCGCCAUAGCUCCGUCUUCAACAUACUGGGGUAUUCUUAGAGGCCCACAUCCCCAAGGUAGGGGUUGUGCUAUAGCUAAGUCUUCAACAUACAAAGACACCCAGCCCCAAGGUAGGGGUCGGGCCAUAGCUCCGUCUUCAACAUACAAAGACACCCAGCCCCAAGGUAGGGGUUGGGCCAUAGCUCCGUCUUCAACAUACAAAGACUCCCAGCCCCAAGGUAGGGGUCGGACCAUAGCUCCGUCUUCAACAUACAAAGACACCCAGCCCCAAGGUAGGGGUCGGGCCAUAGGAGCACCUUCAACAUACAAAGACAUCCAGCCCCAUGGUAGGGGUCGGGCCAUAGCUCCGUCUUCAACAUACAAAGACACCCAGCCCCAAGGUAGGGGUCGGGCCAUAGCUCCGUCUUCAACAUACAAAGACACCCAGCCCCAAGGUAGGGGUCGGGCCAUAGGAGCGUCUUCAACAUACAAAGACAUCCAGCCCCAAGGUAGGGGUCGUGCCAUAGCUCCGUCUUCAACAUACAAAGAAUUCCAGCCCCAAGGUAGGGGUCGGGCCAUAGGAGCGUCUUCAACAUACAAAGACACCCAGCCCCAAGGUAGGGGUCGUGCCAUAGCUUAG